AUCGGUUAAAGUUAAAGAGUCGCCUCGUGGUUGUAAAAGGUGAAGGAGUGCGUUCGCGAACGAAAGAUAAGCUAACGUAAGAAAAGAACUACGCGGAAGUUAUAAUCGCGGGCGAUUUUUUAGCUGAAUCGUAUUUAAAUAGUAUCAAAUAAAUUGCUAAAUCGAAAACGAAACGAAAGAAAGAUUACAACGAACGAAAUUAGGAGCGAAUUUUGAAGAACAAGUGCCGUUUACGAAUAUAAUUUUUUACGAAUCUAAUUUAUAGAAAAUUUUAUAUACCGGACAUAAUCCGUAUUAUUAUAAAGCAAAAUGCCAUCGGACGAUCCCCUUCGCAACGAACCAUUGGUUUCAGUUGAAUUCGAAGUAUUUGGUAAAGUUCAAGGUGUAUAUUUUCCUAAAUACGUGAGGGAUCUAUGUCUGCAGCUUGGAAUCUGUGGUUGGGUUAAAAACAGUAAAACAGGGACGAUCCUUGGAAAGAUGCAAGGACCUCGUGCGCUUGUCGAUCAGAUGUCACAGUGGCUAUCAACGGUAGGAAGUCCUGGAAGUGAAAUUGACCAUUGCGAAUUUACAAUGUGGGAGAACGUCACGAGACCGCAAUAUAAAGGUUUUGCCAUACGUUUUUGAAAAGAAAAAAAAAAAAAAAAGCAGAGAAAACACAAUUCAACAAAACAAUUCAUUUA